CUUCGUCGUCUGCGAGCAACUAGUUUUGUCAAUAUGUUGAGUUUCAAUCGACGUUUUCAGCUUCACUUGGAUGCUGCGCUGGUCACCUGACCCUUUGUUUGUAUUCCUCUUUGUCUGUCUCAGCCACCUACGCAGACGUGUUACAUCCAGUAGCUUGAUGGUGAUUACCCCGCGCGGUCUGUUCUAGAUCUGACAGGACACAACACCUUCCUCAUCAGAUGGACUCUUCUUCUACCUUUUCUUAUAGUCCUAGCGAUUCUUAUCCAGCUUCCCUCCAUAAUUCCAGUCACUAGCACUCAUCUGCAAAUAAUUACCUCAAGAUGCCUCUUCCGACUGAUUCAGCGGUUGUUGAAACCAGCCAAGGACUGGUUGAUGUCCUCCAUGGAAUUUUUGGUGCCCACCCAGGCCAGAGGCCUGCCCACGCAAAAGGAAUCCUCCUCCAAGGAACAUUCCAACCCACCCCCGAGGCCGCAUUGCUAUCUGCAGCGCCGCACUUUCACCAGUCCUCCACACCCAUCCUUGCCCGCUUCUCCAGCAGCACCGGAAUCCCCAACCUGCCAGAUACAGAUCCCAAUGGCAAUCCCCGUGGCCUGGCCCUGAGAUUCAUAUUGGAAGAGUCCCCUCGUCAUGUCCACACAGACAUCAUCUCCCACUCAACCCCUUUCUUCCCAGCCAAAGAUGGCCCGGAAGUACUGGCAUUCUUCCGUGCCCUCGCAUCUGGUACCAUUGAAUCCUUCCUCUCUACCCACCCCGCAGCCCAAGCCUUCAUUCAGGCCGAGAAACCCUUCCCGGCGAGCUUCAGCACAGAGAAGUACUUCGGGGUCAAUGCCUUCAAAUUCAUUGCCAACGAUGGGAGCGAGACCUUCAUUCGGUACCGCAUUAUUCCGGUUGCUGGGGCGUCGUAUCUGGAUGAUGAGCAGAUCAAGGCGAAGAGUGAUACAUACCUGUAUGAUGAGCUAUCUGCGCGUCUGAGCACCGGCCCCGUGGCUUUUGAUCUUGUCGCUCAGUUGGCGGAGGAUGGUGAUGUCACGGAUGAUUGUACUGUGCAUUGGCCUGAUGAUCGGAUUCUGGUCAAGCUGGGGAGGGUUCUGUUGGAGUCGAUUAUGGAGGAUAAUGCUGCUGAGCAGAAGAGAAUUAUUUUUGAUCCGGUGCCCAGGGUCAAGGGGAUUGAGCCAUCAGAAGAUCAGUUGAUUGAAACUCGUGCGGGAGUGUAUUUGAUUAGUGGGAGGGAGAGGCGGGCUGCUUGA